ACUGUUUUUCUUUAUGUGGCUUCACAAAUCUGUUUUUUGUUGGCAUUGUCUUUCAUCAUCACCCUUCCAGGUGUCCCUCCCUCAAAUUCAGCCUCAGUCCUGCUCUUGCAUUAUUUCUACUCACCCACCCUGGCCUAACGUGAGCAAGCUUUGGGCAGCUGUCUCUUGGCAGAGGACACUUUAAAAAAAUUUUUUGAAGCAACUUGGAUUUUUGUAGAGGAGAGAAGCGGGUAAAGAUAAGGAUGGGGCUGCUUCUGGGAUAAUUGUUAUGGGAAUGAAAGGACUGUUGAAAGAUUAGAGGCCAGUGUGCCUGGGUACAAGGACUGGAGUCAUAAUCAUACUUUGUCUUUUCAGUGCCUUUUGUCCAAGGCACUGAAAGGGCUUAACAAAAUUCUGGUCUGAAUAAUAUUAUUCUUUGCUCUUUGGACUUUGCUUGAGGUGGGAGUGAGGCCCUGAAAAAAUAAUGACUGUAUUAUAGUGGUAUAAAAGGAAUAAAGCUAGGUACCCCGACUCCUAGUUAGGGCUUUGCUAAACAGACAAACCUGGUGAAAGUUGGUGGAACUAGGUGAAAUAGUGCUUGCCAUUUUAUGAAAUGGACUGAGAUGGUUUUAAUGGAAAUGUUGCACUUUCUUUUCCAGCUUUGCACUUGGUGACUGACUUACUAGUCAUAAAAGGGAAGAAAAAACCUUUUAGGUUCUUUUUUAGGGGUAGGAUACUCCUGAGUUCUAAUUUGACUCUGCUUCUUAUAAUCCUUAGUUAAUAUCGGUGCCUGUAUGUUUGAAGCUGGGCAUCUGAAUGACCAUAAAGCUCAGGCUGUUAUCCCAAGAGCUCAAUUUCUUCUAUCUCUGCUGUUCUGUGUGUGAAAUGAUAUUCAGAGUCUGACCUUCCUCUUCAUGUUGUGAAGGCUGGCUGCAGUAAACAUCAUUCAAGAUGUCCAGCAAAGGGAGCAGCACAGAUGGCAAAACAGACUUAGCUAAUGGAAGCCUGUCUAGCAGUCCAGAGGAGAUGUCUGGUGCUGAGGAGGGGAGGGAGACAUCCUCAGGCAUUGAAGUGGAGGCCUCAGACCUGAGCUUGAGCUUGACCGGGGAUGAUGGUGGCCCCAACCGCACCAGCACAGAAAGUCGAGGCACAGAUACAGAGAGCUCAGGUGAAGACAAGGACUCUGACAGCAUGGAGGACACUGGCCAUUACUCCAUCAAUGAUGAAAACCAAGUCCAUGACCACUCAGAGGAAGAAGAGGAUGAAGAAGAGGAGGAAGAAGAGCAUCCUCGUCGUCGUGUACAGCGCAAGCGGGCAAACCGUGACCAGGACUCAUCAGAUGAUGAGCGGGCCCUGGAGGACUGGGUGUCCUCGGAGACCUCAGUCCUGCCCCGACCUCGCUGGCAAGCCCUUCCUGCCCUUCGGGAGCGGGAGCUGGGUUCAAGUGCCCGCUUUGUGUAUGAGGCUUGUGGGGCAAGAGUCUUUGUGCAGCGUUUCCGCCUGCAGCACGGGCUUGAGGGCCAUACUGGUUGUGUUAAUACCCUGCACUUUAACCAGCGCGGCACCUGGCUGGCCAGUGGCAGCGAUGACCUGAAAGUGGUGGUUUGGGACUGGGUACGGCGACAGCCAGUAUUGGACUUUGAGAGCGGCCACAAAAGCAAUGUCUUCCAGGCCAAGUUCCUUCCUAAUAGUGGUGAUUCCACCCUGGCCAUGUGUGCCCGUGAUGGGCAGGUUCGGGUAGCAGAGUUGUCUGCUACACAGUGCUGCAAGAAUACAAAGCGUGUGGCCCAGCACAAGGGAGCAUCCCACAAGUUGGCCCUGGAACCAGACUCUCCCUGUACGUUCCUAUCUGCAGGUGAAGAUGCAGUUGUCUUCACCAUUGACCUCAGACAAGACCGGCCAGCUUCGAAACUGGUGGUGACAAAAGAAAAGGAGAAGAAGGUGGGGCUGUAUACAAUCUAUGUGAAUCCUGCCAAUACCCACCAGUUUGCAGUGGGUGGACGAGAUCAGUUUGUAAGGAUUUAUGACCAGAGGAAAAUUGAUGAGAAUGAAAACAAUGGAGUACUCAAGAAAUUCUGCCCUCAUCACCUGGUGAACAGUGAGUCCAAAGCAAACAUCACCUGUCUUGUGUACAGCCACGACGGCACAGAGCUCCUGGCCAGUUACAAUGAUGAAGACAUUUACCUCUUCAACUCCUCUCACAGUGAUGGGGCCCAGUAUAUUAAGAGAUAUAAGGGCCACAGAAAUAACGCCACAGUAAAAGGCGUCAAUUUCUAUGGCCCCAAGAGUGAGUUUGUGGUGAGCGGUAGUGACUGCGGGCACAUCUUCCUCUGGGAGAAAUCAUCCUGCCAGAUCAUUCAGUUCAUGGAGGGGGACAAGGGAGGCGUGGUAAACUGUCUUGAGCCCCACCCUCACCUGCCUGUGCUGGCAACCAGUGGCCUAGACCAUGAUGUCAAGAUCUGGGCACCCACAGCUGAAACUUCCACUGAACUUACAGGGUUAAAGGAUGUGAUUAAGAAGAACAAGCGGGAACGGGAUGAAGAUAGCUUACACCACACCGACCUAUUUGAUAGCCACAUGCUCUGGUUCCUCAUGCAUCACCUGAGACAAAGACGCCAUCACCGGCGCUGGCGAGAACCUGGGGUUGGGGCCACAGACGCAGACUCGGAUGAGUCUCCCAGCUCCUCAGAUACAUCGGACGAGGAGGAGGGCCCUGACCGGGUGCAGUGCAUGCCAUCCUGAGGCCUCGUACCCAGGAGGGGCAGGCUGGGGCUGCCAACCCGAUCCUGCCUGGGCAGCCCUUUCCUGUCCCAGGCUCUAACAUUCAGCAGAAACGCACUUUGGACUUUUUUGCUUUAGAUUUAAAAAAAAAAAAGAAAAGAAAAGAAAAAAAAGAAAAAAAAAAGACAUCCCAGGAGGACAAGCCAGAGGGGAGCAAACCUACAGAGCAUCUAGAAGUGGGAAUUGAGCCCUGGAAUGGGGUUCCAUGGAGAGGUGCAUAGGACUUGGCAGAAAUGGCCUCUCCCCAAAGCCUUUUUUUUUUGGGAGGGGGGAGCCUAUUUUGUUAACUGGUUUGGGGUAGGGAAUGGGGUUUCCUUUUCUUUGAUCUCCCUUGUUUCUUGGGUGGGGGGUGGGGGGAUAACUGGCUGUUCAGUACCAAGGGGCCAGACUGGGGGUGGUAGAAAUGCCACUCUCUCUUUGGUUUAGGUUUUUGACUUUAUUUUCUUUAUUUUUUAAAAUUCUAUGACAGUUGCAUUGUUUUUUCUUCCCCCUGAGCAAGCAACCCCAUCCCAGGAUCCUGUUUUUCUGGGGAGUCCUUAGAGCCCCUAACCAUCCCACACUCUUCACUUUCUUUUCCACCCCAUUCAUUCUCUGUACUUAUCACAGUGUUUUGCACUUGAUUAUGUAUCCUUCACUCUCUUCUCUUCAUCCCAUCACCCCCUCAGUAGGUCUGGUGAGGGAGGUUGGGGGGAGGUGGGAGGAGGGACAGAAGUGGAAGAAUAGGAAGGUGGUUACCUCUUCUGUUACUUAAAAAAAAAAAAAAAGUUGUUUGGUGGCAGCAAUCUCCCUGUCCCUAUCACUGUUAGAGGCCUAAUUUUAUAUCUAUAAAUAUAUUAAAAAGCAAGUCAAAAUUGGA